AGGCAGAACAAAGCCCCGAGACAAGGGGGGGGGGGGGGGGCUGGAGCAAUUUGUGUGGGGGGAGGGGGGCUGAGAGCCACUGAACCAAACUGUAACCCCUGUGUAGGAUGGAAACCGCUUCCAGCCGGGGGGUGCGGCCGCCCCCCCAAUUCCUGUGCACAGAGCUCGCAGCUCCCUGGGGUGGGGGCCCUGGCCCAGACCAGACCCUGCUGGUGCCUCCCCUGUGAUCCGGGGGGGGCUGAGCAGCUGCUCCCCCAUCCCCUGUGCGGUCUGUGCUGGGGGGGAGCCCGUCAUUAACCCCUCCGUGCCUGGCUGCGGGGGGGGCUUUCUCCAGCUGGGACCAGCCCCUGCGCCGGAGGCCCCCGGGGCCGGUGACCUUCGGGGAGGUGGCUGUGUAUUUCACCAGUGAAGAGGGGGCUCUGCUGGACCCCGCUCAGAGAGCCCUCUACAGAGACGUCAUGCAGGAGAACUACGAGAAUGUGACCUCGCUGGGGUUUCCCGUUUUCAGACCUGAUGUGAUCUCCCAGCUGGAACAAGGGGCAGAGCCGUGGGUCCCAGACCUCCAGAGUUCAGAGGAAAGGGAGAUCCUGAGAGGUCCCUGCACAGCAGGUGCUGGGAUGGUGAGUGAGAAUGAGGAGCAGAAUUCUCAGCAGGAAGAUGCUGAGCAAGUGGAAUCACAUGGAGCAUUAUCGCAAAGAUCGAAAGGGAAUGUGUCCAGGAGUUGUGAGCAGGGAACAGCCUGUGAGAUUCAGCACAGACCAGAGAGAGAGCAGGGAAACCAGCCAGAGGAGAAAUUGAGUACAUUUAUUUACUGUCAGGGAACACACAAGGACCUUAAAGAAACCACAGCCCAGCAAAAAAUCCUCAGGGGAACGAAAAAAAAUACAUGCACUGAGUGUGGGAAAAACUUUCGGAACUGCUCAUCCCUUACUAAACAUCAGAGAACACACAGAGCAGAGAGACCUUUUGAAUGCUGUGAGUGCGGGAAAACCUUCAUUUGGCACUCGCACCUUAUUACGCAUCAGAGAAUCCACACAGGUGCAAAACGCUAUGAAUACCGUGGGGGUGGGAAAACCUUCAAUCCGAACUCAAACCUUAUGGCACAUCACAGAAUCCACACAGGUGAGAAACUUUAUGAGUGCAGUGAGUGUGGGAAAAACUUCACUCAGAGCUCAGACCUUACUACACAUCAGAGAAUCCAUACGGGAGAAAGACCCUAUGAAUGCCGUGAGUGUAGGAAAAGUUUCAUUCGACGGUCACACCUGAUUACGCAUAAGAGAAUCCACACAGGGGAGAGGCCCUAUGAGUGCGGUGAGUGCGGGAAAACCUUCACUGCCAGCUCAAACCUUAUUCAGCAUCAGAGGAUCCACACCGGGGAGAGGCCCUAUGAGUGCAGUGAGUGUGGGAAAAGUUUCACUCAGAGCUCAGAUCUUACUACACACCAGAGAAUUCACACAGGGGAGAGGCCCUAUGUAUGCUGUGAGUGCGGGAAAAGCUUCAUUCGACGGUCACACCUGAUUACGCAUCAGAGAAUCCACACAGGGGAGAAACCCUAUGAAUGCUGCGAGUGCGGGAAAACCUUCACUGCCAGCUCCAAUCUUAUUCAGCAUCAGCGAAUCCACACCGGGGAGAGGCCCUACCAGUGUUGUGAGUGCGGAAAAAGCUUCGCUCAGAGCUCAGAACUUACUACACAUCAGAGAAUGCACAAGGGAGAGAGACCCUACGAAUGCUGUGAGUGUGGGACAAACUUCACUGACCGCUCCGCCUUUCUCAAUCAUCAGAGAAUCCACACGGGAGAGAGGCCCUACGUAUGCUUUGAGUGCGGGAAGACCUUCACUCGGAGCUCAAACCUCAUUACACAUCAGAGGAUCCACACAGGGGAGAAACCCUACGAAUGCGGUGAGUGCGGGAAAAGAUUCACUCACAGCUCAAACCUGAUAACGCACCAGAGAAUCCACACGGCAGAAAGGCUCUAUCAAUGUGAGUGCGGGAAAAGCUUCACUGAGAGCUCAACCCUUCUUAAGCAUCGGAGAAUCCACGCAGGAGACAAACCCUAUGAAUGCGGCGAGUGCGGGAAAACCUUCCCUCGGCGCUCAGCCUUUAUCUCUCAUCAGAGAAUCUGCAAGGGAGAGAAACACCAUAAAAACCUCUAGGGCUAUCUAGCCAUUUUUUUUCUUUUGCUAAUUCCCACGUAGUAACCUGUAAGGCUGUUUGAACCGUUGGCAUCAGUUUUAUCCCGCAGCUUGUCCAGACGAGUUGCCCAUUUUGACCUUUUGCCGUUCAUCCUGGGUUGAGGUGGACCUUAGAAUCAUAGAAUCAUAGAAUAUCAGGGUUGGAAGGGCCCUCAGGAGGUAUCUAGUCCAACCCCCUGCUCAAAGCAGGACCAAUUCCCAAUCAAAUCGUCCCAGCCAGGGCUUUGUCAAGCCGGG